AUGGCUCUCGAAAGCGACGCAGUGGCUGGAGCCACCAUCGAACUCCUCGAAGCGCGCCUACGCCGCCUUACCUACCUCCUCACCGGCACCACAGACUGGACCGGUGUCCCUACCACGCCCGAAAAGCCCACAUCUCUCGACGAGACAGUCUCCCGUCGCCUUGCAGGACUAGAAUCAGAACUAGAGCGGCUCAGUCGAAGUGUCCCAGCCGUGCGGGAUGUUCUACAGCUUCACGACCGCAAUCCCGACCUCUUCCAAACAACACCACCCCACCAAAUCCCCGAAGGCCUCACAACCCAGACCCUAGCCUCUAUAGUCCUCUCCUACGCCACCGCCUUCCCCGAAACUGCGUCACGCCUUACGUCGCUAAACGACCUCCCUGUGCCGGACGCGCAGAGCUCCGCAGCACUAAUCGACCUCCAGCCACAACUAGAUCGGCUCAUGCAAACGCAGAGUGAGCAGGCGGCUGACAUAUCGGAGCUGAGGACGCGCACGGUGCGCGUGCUACAGCGCUGGUAUGAGGUUGGGCUUGUUGGGAGUGGGGAGUGCUGGGCCGAGUGGGAGGGAAGACUUGAGGAUGUUGAGAGGGAGGUCAGGAGGGGGGAAGUUGUCAGACGGGGGAGAGAGGAGGAGGUUUAG